AUGGUGGUGAUUCCAGUUACUCUUAAAGGAGCUAACUAUCUACAUUGGGCAAGGCUUGCUACGACAGCUCUUGGAGGCAGAGGGCUUUGGGAGAUUGUUGAAGAAGGCAGGCCACACAAGAAGACUAUCCUAGGAGAGGAUGGCAAAGAGGUUGUUGUUGCUGAUGCUGGCGCCAAGAAGAAAUGUCAAGAGGACCAGUUGGUGUUGUCCAUUCUUCAGCACAGUCUUGACCCCUCACUUCAGGAAGGUUACUCCUAUUGUGAAACUUCCAAGGAGCUGUGGGAUACACUUCAGAAGGUGUAUGAAAACAAUUCCAACAUCAGUAGAGUCUUUGAAGUCAAGAGGGCUAUCAAUACUCUUAGUCAAGAGGACAAUGAUUUUGAUAAACAUUUUGGGAAGUUCAGAUCCUUGUGGGCUGAACUUGAGAUGCUCAGGCCAGCAGCUAUUGAUCCUGAUGUGCUUAAUCAAAGGAAAGAGCAAGACAAGGUCUUUGCUUUGCUGCUUACCCUCCAUCCAAGCUAUGGUGACCUCAUCAAGCACAUCCUAAGGAAUAAGGACCUACCUUCUCUAGAUGAAGUAUGCUCUGAGAUUUACAAGGAGCAAUGCUCAGUUGGUCUCUUUGGAGGAAGAAAGAAAGAUCUGAAGAAAGGCCAUGGAAAGGACAAGUGCUGGAUACUCCAUCCCCAUCUCAAGCCACAGAAGUUCAGGACAUGCUACAAUGAUGCCAAAGCAAACUUCUCUGGUGAUAUUGGUGAGCCAUCUAUACAAGGCAGCAUGCGCCAGACCAAUGAAGCUUGUGAGAACAAAGGGGGAGCUUCCAGCAGUGGCUCAGCCUUAAGGAACAUUCAAGAUGAGACCAUCAGGAGAUCUGAUAUUGAGGCUCUCAUCAAGCUCCUUAAGGAUAACUCUGGUAACUUACUUGGUAUCUCUUUAAAUGCUACUGCUUGUGGAACUUCUUUGAAUGCUAUAACUAAAUUUAAUUUGGCAAAACCUUUAGCUAUAGAUUCAGGAGCUGGUCACCUCAUGAUCAAUGAUUUAAAAUUGAUUAAAAACAUUGUCCCUCCCUUAGGAAAUGUUACAAUAGCUAAUGGUGAAAGAGUACCAAUUAAAGGAGUAGGUGAUCUUAUGUUGUUUAACAAAGAUUCUAAAGCUUUCUAUAUGCCUAGCUUCACCUCAAACUUGUUAUCAGUUAAAAGAGCUACUAAUGACUUGAAUUGCAGUGUUACUUUCACUCCUAAUGAUAUCUACUUUCAGGAUAUUGAAACUAGUAGGUUGCUUGGUAAAGGUGUCACCAAGGAAAACUUGUACUUGCUUGAAAAUACUAAGCUUGCUGCCUAUUUAUCUCAUGCUUUAAAUUCCAUUUCUGAUUUCCCUAAAGAUGAGAACAAAGAGAUAAGCUGGCGCAUUGAAGCACCAGGGCAGUUUUUAUUGGCUAUUCUUCUCACCAAAAGGGCUACAAAUGCUUUGUUCCAGAGACUAGGAGAGUCUUGA